AAACAUCCUAAUGUUAUCAGAAUCGUGAUUUUCUAGUAAAACUUAUCCGUUUAGUCUAAUUUUUCUCCGGAUAUUGUAAUUGCGUAUUAAAAUUUCAUUUAGUUCCGCGGAAUAUCGUUUGGAACGGUCGCUAAUUGAAGUGAUAAAAAAUGAGAAGAAAAGAGGACGUCGCAUUUCGGGGGCGACAUGAAGAUGAGGAUAAAGAGGAAGACGAAGACGAAGAAGACUUCUCGCGGUCCAUCCAAAUUCUUUCCGGCUUCUAGUCCCGUAGGAGGUCGACAGCCUUUGCAGACCGAGAGGCGUGGGCGCCGUUUCCCCGCCGACUUCUACCGCUAAGAGAACGCCCAUCUCGUUCGCCAGCCGGUACCGGUCCCUCCUCCUCGUUUGGUGAGCGUCCGGGGCAGUUCCAGAGACGCAGUCAUCGACUGUGCACCACGUCCUGGCAGUCCUUGCGCGGUCCUGGGAUCCCUGAUACCGUCCGAGCUCCGCCGGGCCCGGUCGCGCUCCCGGACAAGUUCCCAGAUCUUCUCGUUGAUCCGCGACCAAGACGGGUGGUACCCUCCACCCUCUGCUCCAGUGACCCGAGGAGCAUCCUUCUACCAUUCGACUCCAAGUGAAGUAUAUCGCGAGUUGAGGACUUUGGGAGCUGGACGCAUCCGGGGUAUUGGAACGGUCAUCCCGAUCGUUUCCACGGUGGAUUUGUCGAGAGGGUCCGUUGAGAACGGUGGAUUCUGGAUUUGGACCCUGGAUCGAGUUGGAGGACCUAGAGGUAUCCUCGUGGAGGACCGGACGGUCUAGGGACUCCUGGAUACUUGACGCGGUUUCGGUGCAAUUUUUCAAGAAGCUUGGGAUCUCUCAAGAUAAGUGGAGGAUCCGGUGAGGACGGUGCAUCGAAUCUGGAUCUGGACCCUGGAUCGAGAUAGAGGUUCCCAGGUGUCAAGAGACUCCUCGUGGAAGGCCUUGAUUGUUCCUCCCCGUUGCCAACGGGUGCAAGCAUCGUGUCGCUGUUGAAACCCCUCCACGAGGACGGAAGAGCGUCGUUCCCUUGCACGUACCUUUGGGAUUGGAUGAUCCAAGUGCGGUGUCGUGGAAUUAAUGAAACUUAACCAAUGGGACACGAAGUAUAUCCCGGAGUAGGGAAAAGCGUGUCAGCUCGCGGUGUAUGACAUUCCACGGAAGUCUGAAGACGUAGGUCGAAGGACGCCUACGCGAUACCUGGACGAAACUGAGCUGGGGAGUGAACCGGGAACUCGGGGACCCUCGUCUAGUCGUGGACGCCAACGGUUGUCGGGUGUCCUCGGAAAGGCCGGGUUACGGGGAAGGAUAAAGGACCCUGACGCUGCCGUCGCCCGUCCAGACGUCACCCGUCAUCCGUCAACGAAGCACGUGGUCGACUUCGGAGGAAACGUCAGCGUUUACUCUGGUCUGAGCAGCGGGGGUUCGGGGAACACCCUCUCCUGGACGAACCGAAAAAAAAAAAAAAAACUCUGAAAGUACUCCGCGGAAGAGGAGCUGCAAUCAAAGCCAGAGGUGUUGAACCGGUGACGGUGAACACAACGGCCGUGCCGUCGCCUACACGAGGACUCGUUUUGCAAUUUUCGUGUUUUACGUCCAACCAAACUCCCAGCACGGCGUUUCAAAAUACGCGCGGCAAAGCGUGCAAACACGAACACUGAACCCGAGUCUUUGACGUUAUACCCGGAUGAACGCCGCCGCGGUGAAAUUCUCUCAAGAGGAGUCCGAAGGCCUCCGAUCAGCAUUGUCGGGAGUUCGUCCUAGGAUCAAUCGUCAGGAGUUCGUCCUAUAACUUCGGAACCACGUGGCGACAACUACCGUCGGCAGGUUUCCGCACGCGAUUCCCGGCCACCUCCGCGGAAGGAGUCAACCCGACCCUUUGUCGUCUCUCCCGUCUUUCAAGAUCGAGUACCGUGAAGUUGGCCAGCACCGAGGGGAGAACCUCUGAUCGACGGCGACCGGGACGUUGUCGUGAGAGAAGCGGUCGAGGGAAGAACCCGAGGAGGGACACAAGAGGCGACAAGGCGCGCAAAUGACGUGGUUGUAGCUCUCGAGGAGGAUGUUCCACGGGACCGGAAGCGGCGGGUACGGCGCAGGUUCCGACUACCAGCAGCAAUCCCAACAACAGCAGCAACAACACGGCCAACAAUUGCAGGCCCCGGUGUACGUUCCUUCGUCCAGGCCGACCAUUCCUUCGGCAGCCACGGCCCAGUACCAUUCCUUUCCCGGCUCGCCUUCACCCGCGUGGGAGAAGACGGCUUCGUGGCAACAUGGCGUCGAUACUUACGCGGCCCACCACGCGCUCGCCGGUCACACGGGGAGCUCUGCUGGAGGCAUGGGACCUCAUACGGGGCACUCCCACCCCCAUGCCGGUCACCCGCAUACUGGCCACCCUCACUCGAGCCUCGCCGCGGCCGCGGCUGCGCCCUUCUAUGCGCAGAACGUCGCGAUGAUGUCCUCUUGGCGCGCAUACGACGGCGCGGGCUUCCAGCGUGCUUCACCAUACGACACCGCGAUGGACUUCCAAUUCGGUGAGGGCAGAGAAUGCGUGAAUUGUGGUGCCAUUUCAACUCCACUUUGGCGAAGGGAUGGCACCGGCCAUUAUCUGUGCAAUGCUUGCGGUCUUUAUCACAAAAUGAACGGCAUGAACCGUCCUCUUAUCAAGCCCUCAAAACGCCUGAUCUCCGAAUUGCAGACGGCUACACGACGGCUCGGGCUUUGCUGCACGAAUUGUGGCACCAGGACCACAACACUGUGGAGGCGCAACAACGAAGGCGAGCCGGUUUGCAAUGCCUGCGGCUUGUACUUCAAACUUCACGGAGUGAAUAGACCGCUGACGAUGAGGAAGGACGGAAUUCAGACGCGGAAACGCAAGCCGAAAAAGACUCCGGAACCGAGCGCGAGGACCAACACCGGGGAACACGAAACCAACGCGUCGUCGACGUCGUCACCCCCGAAUGAGUUGAAGAACAGCCAGCAGCAGCAUCAGCUGGAGGUGGCGAAGUCCUCGAAUUCUUCGACCUCGACCUCGGCAGAUCGAUCGGUGUACCUAGGUCAUACAUCUUUACUGGCCAGUGGAAGUGUCCCUACCGUCAAAACGGAGCCGCGAAGCUGCGACGGAAUCGUCGGCCAACCUUACGGCUCGUUUUACCAGCAUCCUCAUCAGCUGGGGACCCCAACGAGCGAACAUCAGCAGCAGAACUACUACAGCUCCCAGGAAGCACCGUACCACCAUCAGCACCACGUAACCGCGGCCGCGAAGCUUCUGGCAUCGACGUAAAGACAUCCCCAAAGUGUCUGGUAAGCAUGAUAAGGUUCUCCCGGAGGCUUGAUAACGUGAAACGCCCCCUUGAAAAGAACUUUAAAAAGACCAGGGGAUGUGGACCUUCUCAAAGAAGUCCACAUCAAAAGGAUCUUUUCCGACGAUGGGCUUAUCAUCCGGGUACUUGGACAAUGAUUAACGGCAAGAUCAAGGGAGCUGGAGGACUCGAUGUCCCGAGCACUUAACCAACAGGGAUCAUGAACGCGAUCUUUUGAACCUUUGGUCCGAACCUUGGGAUUUGAGUAUUAACUUGUCACGUACAACGGAUUGCUUGCAGUGAAUAUCCCCGCUUAGAAGUUUAACGUAAUGAGUCGUUGAAUCCACUGAACCUAAUUAAUAUACUUGGACGCCCUAACAAAAGAGUAUCAAGGAUAGAAGUUGUCAUGAACCGUUUAACGCCAAAACGAAGACCGCAAACGAGAAAGAUCUCCCGAAAGCUCGUAUGAGAAUGAUAUCAUUCCCCGAUACCGAGGUUUACCCUGGACGAGAAAGUGGACGGUUGAUUAGGGCGAUUAACGAAGCUCCCGGGGUCUUCGAUUUCGCAAGAGCGGUAAUUAGGAGAUGCCGGUGGAGGCCGAUGAGAAAGCCCCGGAAACGUGGCCGAGGAAAGCGACUUUUUGGACCCCUGGGGACCCUGAGGUCGAUAAACGGACUUCCGUGAUCUCGUUUCCAUCCUCGAUCUCUCCGAGAGGGGCGAUCGGGCGAGCUUUUUGCGUUAAUUACAGGAGAGAAAGAAAAAGGGACUCCGGGACGAGCCGAGUGUCGCGUUAUCGGAACCCGUUCCUUACCGGCGGGACUCUAAGUGCUUACUCGAUGUGUGAUAUCGAUUUAAGUUAUUUAUGGCACUCUGUCUUUUCGGAUGGAGCCUGGAAAAGAAUAUUAAUGGUAAUCUCCGCGAGCGGCCACGUGUGGAGCUAGGUGGUGUAAGGGCGACUCGGAUUCUCGUGUCUCCACCUCUCGGAGCAUCUAAAUGUUCAUCUUAUACCCGCUGGUCAAAUGUAGGGUUCUUUAUGUCGCCGGAAUGCAAAUAUUCGACAACAAAGUGAACCCUCGUCCCGUUUGGACUCGCCGACUUUGCCAAAUGGAUUCGAAGAAAAAUGUAUUGCUGGGUACGAGUGCCUUCCCCAUAUUCAGUGUAUGAUCGUUAAGGUGGAGUGAAAUCGGUCGAGUCUAAUAACACACUUUUUUCCUUUUUUUUCUUUUCUUUUUAAGGGUAUCGCCCAGUCGAUUCAAAUGACACUGUUUCUUUUGUGUGCUCAAUCGUUCAUUCAAUCGAAUAUCUGAAUUCUGCCAGUCCUAGUCAGGAACAGGUGCGGGGAUAAGUAUCGAAAAGCAAUUGUUCGGUACCUGUCCUCGGUACGGAGGGACGGUAAUCCCGAUUCGAAUCGACGAGAACAUUGACAAUUAAUCGAGAUUCUCGAGUCAGCCUUAAGGUAGCUACACGCGUAACGAUAAAUCGCGGCGAUUUGUUUGCGCCGUUAAGGGGAUGCGAAAGUCGUAUCCGAGUGGUCUGUCGUUCUUGUAGCUUUUCUCCAAAAUGGGUGUACCGAAUUGUUUCGCACUUUACAACGUGAAUAUGGAGGCUACAAGGAAGAUCCUGAUUCCUUAUCGCAGAUGUGCAGAUACACCGCAGCGAUAUAUCGUUACAUGUCACCUUUGAGGGUACACCUCUACGUACUUAAUAUGACUACACACGUAAUGAUAAGCCAUAUCGAUUCAUAUCCCGUGCAAUUAAUUCGAAUUCCACUGUGACGCCUCUUAGUUAAAUCUAUGUAGAUCGGUUUGCGCAGAUUUAUCUCAACGAUUUAUUGUUACAUGUAUAGUCACUUUAUGAUAGAUCAAUGCGAAAGGAUCAAUCUAAGCUGGACAGUUCCUAAAAAGCCAGGGGAAGAUUAGUUAUCAUCUCGCGUUCACUAUUUCGGUAUCUACCCCAAUUUAACACCAAUUGCGAUCGUCAACUUAAACGAGUACGUCAUUGUAAAUAGCGUCGAGUGCGCAUUUAGCGAGCCUAGAGAUAUAUCCGACUUGAUCGAGUAGGGUCACUAUUAAUUUUUAUGGAUUUAUUAUUAAUAAAAGGAGGACGCACGCACGCACAAGGUAACCCCACUCGUGUACUUAUGCAAUAAAGUUUCGUUUCGACGAAGUGAAAUCCGAGUUGCUUGGAUCGCUCGAGAGGCUCUUUUGUGGACUGUGUCAACAUUGUUAAUACAAGGAGAAACCCCGCCCUGGUCACGUUGAUUUAACCCCCCAUGACGACUACCCUUCCACCUCCACCUUAGGAAAAUCACCU